ACGUCGACAGCUGGAGUCGACGUUAAUAUCGUGUCAUUCAAUACAAUACAACACAAUACAUUUACAGAGACGUCCGAUAUGCAGACGGAUAGACAGCGCACAAACGAUAUGGUGACAAUUAGAAAAGGCUCACGUAUCCGAUAUUUGAUACAAAACCCAUUGUAUACGAUGACUGAUAUACUAAAACUUCACGGAAGCUGGAUUCCUGUGUUUGUUUGUUUGGGAUUACUGGUGACGUCGAUGUUCUGUACCAUUUGUGAAAGACAAUUUAUGGAAUCUUCAAAACCAGUUGUUGCUGAUAAAUACGUGACGUUUCUACCUCUAUUCCUGUCACUAGCGGAACUUCUGUCAUGUUUAUUUACCUUUGUAGCGAAAAGUUCUCAAGGGGAAGUAACUCACAAAGAAGCGGUAUCAAUUUUGACGUGCGCUCAUUUUGGUGGAACGUUACUUACAAACAUUCUACAUAGGAACAGUCAAAUAGAAAGUACUAUCGCGGCAGGAUACACCGAAGCACUACUGACGAUGGUUUUGGUCCUUUACUGCAGGGGCUAUUUCGAAAACUACAAAAAGGCUUCUUAUGUUUUUAUUCUAGUUUUUGGCGCAAUUGGAGCAACAAUUAGUUACCCAAACGCGUUAACUAUCAAUAAACUAUCAUUAUUAAAAGUUAGUUCUUUAUGUUUUAUAAUUUUGAGAAACAUAUGUUGCAAACAUCUGCACGAAGAAUACACUGUCGUGAAAUAUCGAUCAGUUUUAACCUUGACCUUCGCAACCUUGAACUUCAUGUUAGUCGGUCUCUUACUGGUAAUCUACCUUUCUCAGAAAUGGAUCGUUGUCGUUGGUUGGCUGUUUUGCGCUUGCGUUUGUCACGUGACAUGUACGUAUUUGGUUUCAGUGUAUCUGUUAAAAAGAUUCAGCGUGACUACAGUGGCGGUGUUGGGUGUGUCGAUGCAGUUGCUGCGGAAUGUGUUUCUUGUGACGUCAUCAGCAAGACCAGACGUCAUUGUUGAAUUAGCGGCCAUGAUGGUUGUGAUUGCGAGUCUCUUGCUGUACAUCAGAGAAUCUUUAGAAAACCACUUACCAGAGACAAAGACAGUUCAUACUAACGAGAUGUACACCCGGAUGGAAUUUCUCCUUUUUCUCCUCAGCAUAUUUGGAGUUAUUGUCUGUGUGUUGCAACCGAGACUGAGUCAGCGAGACUUGGACAGCCUCAGCUAUAUAGGCCUUGUCUGAGAGCUCUUAAAGUAUAGAAACAUGCAACCCAUGCAUAUGGCAACAGAUAACAGAUAUCUUCCAAUGUGGCUGACCAAAAUCCGGAAAUAUAUUCUCGCAAGUA